AUGACCGGUUUAGUUCACAACACCUCCACUGCAUGUCUGCACCUCUCACUCGCAAGAUUGACCAUUGAUUGUAAGCUCGAGUGCAGUGAAAGCUGUGUCGACGUCAGAGUAAUCGGCUGCAGCUAUGUCUAUGCUGUGAGUGUUGUUGAGAUUGAUUGUGCGAUCACUGAGUGCCCGAACCCACGACCCAUCGCGAGCUCACACACGAGUCGUCCGACCCUUUCAUAUAUUUGGUCCAAACGAUUGAAUGGGUGGCAAGAAAUGCGCUCCACAUUAGGACCAACUGUUCACUAG